GUCUAUCCAAAACUUCCUCGUUCGAAGCAGAGGUAACAAACAAGAACCAAAAAUGACAACAAUGGCGACUCAAGGUGCUUGGCUACGAAUGACCUCAUCAGCGAAGACCGUCGCGAAGUCAACCGUGACUUCAAAGGAACUGGGAUUCCUCACCUCCCAGCUCAGCGGCCUGAGAAUCUCUCAUGCUCCCACUGACGUCAUCAACCGUAUCUCCGUUCCUUCGUUUCCCGGGAUUCAGCCUAUUGUCGCUCGGAGGAUCUGCCCUUUUACUGGGAAGAAAGCAAACAGGGCAAACAAAGUUUCUUUCUCUAACCACAAGACCAAGAAGUUGCAAUUCGUCAACUUACAAUACAAGAGAGUUUGGUGGGAAGCUGGCAAACGUUUUGUCAAACUUCGUUUAUCAACUAAGGCCUUGAAGACCAUUGAGAAGAACGGACUCGAUGCUGUUGCCAAGAAAGCCGGCAUAGAUCUUCGCAAGAAAUAGAUGACUAUGAUGAUGAUCUUAAAAUUUAUAUACAUUUCUUGCUGUUCCUUUUGCACUCGUACAUUUCCUUUUAGAUUUGGUAAGUAUCAAUUGUAAUCUCUGAGUUGUAUCAGAAUUCUUGUGAAACAGUUUUUGUUUUUUCCUUU